AUGAAUGAGAAUAAAGAUAAGUUAUUUACUUCUUUAAAAAAUGAUUUAGAAGAGGAAUUAAAAAAAUUACAAAAAGAAAAACAAGAGCAAGAAAAGGUCAAUCAAUUAAAAUUAGUUGAAUUAAGGAAAAAUAUUUCAGAAGAAGUUGUGCAAACUUACGAAAAAAAUAAGUCAGAGUUAGUGGAAAUAUUUGAAAAGAAAGAAAUUAACUUAAAAAAUGAUGUAGAGCGUUUAAUAAAUGAAAAUAAAAAGGAAUUGGCAAAAAUCGAGAGGAAAAAUACCGAAAAAGUUAAGAGUUUAGAAAGGGGUCAGGCACCUUAUCAGCAAGUUCUUUCGCAUGGCUUUGUGGUGGAUGAGAAAGGUCAUAAAAUGUCAAAAUCUUUGGUAAUUAGUUCGGAUUUCACCAAAGAAGUAAAAAUUAGUAUCCCCAUUUUAGAAAAUUUGCGAGAAAGUUAUCAAAAAAUUCGGAAUACUUUGCGGUUUUUGCUGGGCAAUCUUGCCAAUUUACCACCCGAAAUAAAAAACGAACAGGACUUAGAAGCAAAUUUAGACCCCGUAGAUUAUUACCUUCUUCAUAAAUUAGAAAAGUUAAUAGCAGAAAAUCAAAAGAACUAUAAUGAAUACAAUUUCAACCCUACCUAUUCCUCUUUAUUAAAUUUCUGUAUUAAUGAUUUAAGUUCUUUUUAUUUUGAAAUUAGCAAAGAUAGUCUGUAUUGUGAUAACCUUCAUUCUUUGCGAAGAAAACAAAUUAUUACUACUCUUUAUUAUUUAUUAGCAGGAUUAUUAAAAAUUAUUUCCCCCAUUUUGCCUUUUCUGGCCGAAGAAGUUUAUCAAAACCUCCCUUUUAACUUUGGUUUUGCUGGUCAAGCAAGUGUUCAUUUAUUAAAAUAUUCUAAUGCCAAAAUUCCCUCUAAUAAUGAAGAAAAUAUUGCUAUAAUUACUAAUUUCCUUCUACCCUUGCGCCAAGUUGCUUACCAAGCCUUAGAAAAAGCCCGCCAAGCAAAAAUUAUUGAUACUAAUUCCCAAGCCAGUUUGGAAAUUUAUCUAAAAGAGGAAAAAAAAGGAAAUUAUUCAGAAUUUAACUUAGAGGAAUUAUUAUUAGUAUCCGAAGUUGAGAUUAACGAAAAAGAGGAGACCGAUACUUUAAAAGAAAGAGCUUGUCCAUCACGAACGGUCAGAGCAGUAUUGAUUAAAAAAACUCCUUCUCUUACUCAGGGCAGUCUUUGGGUACUAAAAGCAAUACCAUCUGCUACUUCUGUUGAGGAAAAUAAUAAACUUAAUGUUGUAAAGAACGAAAUCGCAGAUAUUGUGGUUUUUUUCAACCGAGAAGGUGAGCAACUCGAUGAACAAAAAAGUCUGAUUAAUAGGAAUAAUGCAUUUGAUAAUUUGCAGUUGAUUUUUAACAGAUUGGAUGAUUUAGAAAGGGGUUUGCGGUUAAAAGUGUUAGAAUUAGUUUUUGUUCUCAGCGAGGUCAUUAAAAAUCAAAACAAUAAUUUAGCCUCCGCCCACGCCAAAGUAGCCAAAAUUAAAACCGCCAAAAAAGACCUAAAAGCCCUACUAGAAUUAAGUAUUCCCAAAUUAGAAUAUGACCGAUUAUUAGAAGAAAAAUCGCGAGAAAUUGCUGAAUUAAAUGGUGAAAUUAGAGAUAAACAAGGAAGUAUUUCAUAUUUAGAAAGUCAAUUAAUUGGAUUAGAAAUUAGCGAAAGAGAAUUAAAAGAACAAUUGGAAACAGAAAGAAGAGAUAAUAAUAAAUUAAAAGAAAUUAUUGCCG